AUGGGAAAUCUUCCCACUGCUCGCUGUACACCUGCAGUUCCUUUCAAGCAUUCUGGUUUAGAUUAUGCGGGGCCCUAUGCAAUUCGAACUAGUAAAGGUCGAGGCCAUCUUAGCUACAAAGGAUGGAUAGCUCUCUUUGUCUGCCUGAGCACUAGAGCUACUCAUCUAGAGCUCGUCAGUGACAUGACCACCGAAACAUUUCUUGCUGCCUUACGACGCUUUUUUGCCCAACGAGGUUACAGUUCUAGCAUCUAUAGUGACUGUGCAUCGACGUUUGCUGGUGCAAACGCAGUUCUGAAGGCAGGUUUUGCUGCCUAUCGAAAACAGCUAGAAGAAGGGGCACGCUCCGUCUCUUGCCACGGUGUCUCGUGGCACUUCAUCCCUCCAGGCUCUCCAAACUUUGGUGGCAUGUGGGAGGCUGGUGUCAAAAGCAUGAAGCACCAUCUAAGGCGAACCAUCGGAGAUGCAACUCUGACUUUCGAGGAGUUUUAUACCGUUCUCAGGCAAAUUGCAGCGGUACUUAAUUAA